AAGUUUUUCUUGUGAAAUUGUGACCUUUUUCUUGUGAAAUUCACUAUUAAUUUUUCACAAGUUUCUUUAUAUUGGCAUUGUAUGUAUAUAUUAUUAAUGUUGUAAAUACAAAUCUUUAUACAUCUAGAAAGGGUGGUCCUAAAGAGGUAGGCAUUUUUCAGAGGUCUCAAGGAGGUAACAAAUACACGCACACACACACGGUCUUGUGUGUGUGUGUGUGUGUGUGUGUGUGUGUGUGUGUGUGUGUGUGUGUGUGUGUGUGUGUGUGUGUGUGUGUGUGUGUGUGUGUGUGUGUGUGUGUGCGUGUAUUCAAUUCAAGUAUAUUAAUAUGGCAUCAGUUCUUGACAAAAGCCCUGUCUAAAUGGAGCAGGUCUAGAAGUUAAAGAGAACCUACUUGAUCACGACAUAGCAUGUGUGUCUUAGUAUAUAUGUUUGUUAAAAUGUGUAUAUAAGCAUGUGUGUGUUAACAUGUGUGUGUUACUGUGGCAUGUACGCUGAGGACUACCGUGAGAAGAGUAGGUGCAAGUGUUGACUUAAUCGAAUUGUGUCAUUUCCCACAGCAGUCAGCGGACCCUGAAGCAGGGUCGUGUAUAAGGCAUAACCUUUAUUGUGAAGUGUCGUACCGGAUGUAGGGUCAAACUACAUCUGUCUUGCAGGAAGUUAGCUGUUUUUGCUUCUGUCUCUGGCGCAACGUGGACUGACGGGGGCGCUAACGAGCAGGAGAACGAGGCGGGAUGGAGAAGGUUCGCAGGGUUCUGGUGUCAGUGUGUCGGGAUGGAGUGGCGCCACAGAAUGUUCCCUUUCUUCAGAGCGUCACAGGUCACUUUGGCGCUGCUGACCAGGUGAAGGUGCGCUGCUGGCUGGAGCGGAACCGCUUAAUGGUUCUCAAAGACGACACGGACCGAGGAGUUCCCCUGAAGAGGGCCGCCUCCUGUCCCAUCAAGCACCUGUCCGCCGAAGAUGCAGCUGCCAUCCCAUUAGACAUUCAGCAACGUGGAGUGGAUGUGGGCGUGGCCAUCAUCCUGCAGACAGCCAACGAGCGGGUGUUGCUGACACGACGGGCGACGCAACUGCGGAUAUUCCCCAACGUUUGGGUUCCGCCUGGUGGCCAUGUUGAACCCGAUGAGACGCUGCUGGUGGCAGGCCUCAGGGAAUUGAAGGAGGAAACAGGAUUGUAUCUGGAAGCGGAACAGUUCCCAAGUCCAAAGGUUCUUGGUGUUUGGGAGUCAGUGUACCCCUCCAGGCUGAGCGCAGGACUCCCCCACAGACACCACCUGGUCAUCUACCUGCUGCUGCGCUCAUCACGCACGCACCUGCAACUUCAGGACUGUCUGCGCCCCUCCCCCGCCGAGGUCAGCGCUUGUCUUUGGGCCGACGUCCGGCUGGUCGGCGCUGUUGUGUCGGCGACAGACGGACACGACGGCGAGGUCCACGCGGACCGCCUUCCUGCCGCCAUCAGGGUGUCGGAGGUGUGCCCUGAGGGAGGACUGCGGGACGCCACGCUACCGCUGAGCGUCUUGGUCAGCCGGAUACCUUCCAGUGGUCCGGAUGUAGAGCGGGUCAGCACUGGGACAAAGUUUGCUCUGGACCUGUGGCUGAAGACCACCAAAGAGACGACUUCUGACCCCCACCCUUGUCAAACAAAUGAUGAUGUCACUGACCAGCACGUGAAAUAA